UUGUGUUGAUAGUGGCACAUGAACUAAACCAGAUAAACAACAAGAACUGGUCUUACUCUUAUAAAAAAAAAUGAAACAUAUUUGGUUUUAGGCUUCUAGCCAAAUAACAAGACCAGGUCUUGCGGAAUUUCAUCAUGAAAAUAAUAUAAAGCCUCAAAACUUUAGUUAUUUUACAGCUAAUAACAAUACCUUCAACCGGCCAUUUGCAUUUGCUCCUAAGACUACACAAUUGGAAAAAGUCAUUACUCUUAGUCCUUACUCUUUAGUCUUUUGACUUUGGAUUAUUUUAAUUUCAUCAUGUUUGCAGAUUCAUGUAUAAAUAAGAGUGACCAAGUAACCAACAUGCAUCAACAUUUCACUUUCAUACCCUCUUUUUCUGAUCAUUUCCUUUUGUUACAAAUAUAUUUCCCUCUUAGAGAUGGAUUUUGUAUGUUUUGCACUGAUCAUUCUGCUGAUAUGCAUCAUCAUUCAUGUUCUACGUUCAUUCGUUUCAAAAACUAGAAAAACAAACUACAAGCUUCCACCAGGACCUUCUCCUCUUCCCAUCAUAGGAAACCUUCUCGAACUAGGCGACAAGCCGCAUAAAUCCUUAGCCAAACUUGCUAAGCUUCAUGGUCCUAUAAUGAGCUUGAAGCUAGGCCAAAUUACCACUGUUGUUGUCUCUUCAGCUGAGAUGGCCAAAGAAGUGCUACUAACCCAUGAUCACUUCUUGUCGAACCGAACCAUUCCUCAAUCUGUAUCGGUUCUCAACCACGAAAACUAUAGCCUAGCAUUCAUGCCAGUUACCCCUCUUUGGAGAGACUUGAGGAAAAUAUGCAAUGGUCAGUUAUUUGCACACAAGACUCUUGAUGCCAGCCAAGAUGUCAGACGUAACAAAGUGCAACAUCUCAUCGCCGAAAUCAAAGAAAGUAGCCAAAAGGGUGAAGCUGUAGACAUUGGUACUGCAGUUUUCAAGACUACCAUAAAUUUACUAUCAAACACCAUUUUCUCUGUAGAUUUGGUUCAGUCUGCUGGUAUAGCAGGAGAGUUUAAGGACUUAGUUACAAAUAUCACAAAAUUUGUUGGAACACCGAACCUUGCGGAUUAUUUUCCUAUCUUAAAAAGGGUUGAUCCGCAAGGUAUCAAAAGACGCCAAGCUAAGAAUGUUGAGAAGGUGUUGGACAUUUUCGAUCGCUUGGUUAACCAAAGGCUGAAGCUAAGGGAAAACACAAAUGUUGACAGCCACAACGACAUGUUAGACGCACUUCUCAACAUUUCUACUGAGAACAAGAUGAUGGACAAAACAAUUAUUGAACAUUUGUCACAUGAUCUAUUUGUUGCGGGGACUGAUACAACAACGUCUACACUAGAAUGGGCUAUGACAGAGUUAGUACUCAAUCCAGAGGUUAUGUCAAAAGCAACAAAAGAACUUGAGUUAACCAUUGGCAGAGGUAAACCUGUUGAGGAAUCAGACAUCACCAAACUUCCAUACUUGCAAGCUAUACUAAAAGAGACAUUCCGCUUGCAUCCUCCGGUUCCACUUUUACUCCCUCGAAAAGCUGACAGAGACGUAAACAUUUGUGGCUAUAUUAUCCCAAAGGAUGCACAAGUGUUAGUGAACGUGUGGACUAUUGGCAGAGAUUCUAGCAUAUGGGGCAAUCCCAAUUUGUUUUAUCCAGAAAGGUUUUUAGUGUCAGAUAUUGACGUUAAAGGUAGGAAUUUCGAACUUGCACCCUUUGGUGGUGGACGGAGAAUUUGCCCGGGCAUGCAGCUGGCUAUGAGAAUGCUGCUCUUGAUGUUGGGUUCAUUAAUCAACACCUUUGAUUGGAAGCUUGAAGAUGGUAUGAGUAUAGAAGAUGUAGAUAUAGAUGACAAGUUUGGGAUCACCUUACAGAAGGCUCAACCCCUGAGAGUUGUUCCCGUCAAAAUAAACUUUUAAAUUGGCAUGCAUCUACCUUUAAAUUGUGUCUAAUAUUUUUUAUUUGCUCUGUUGAAAAAAUAAACAUAAUUUUUUUGUCACAAUUUCAGUGACUGUCCAUCCAAUUCAACUAAUUAAUUAUAUUGAUUA